AAACCAACUUUCUUAGAAUAGACAAAUUGUCGGUCUUGAAACUGAACUCUAAAAUCCAUCCAUUUAAAUCCAAUCCACUUUAUUCUCUUGCUCAUUCAAGCCCUAGAAGGGGAGAAGAGCAAUGUGGAAAGGACAGACAAACAAAUUGAGGGGUCAUGACAGACUUGGAACUACCAGUUUCUACCUUGCCCUCAACAAACCGUCCCUAACAUAUUCUAACUUUUUUGUCUUCAAUAAACCAAACCAUAUCCACAGGAUAUAAGGAGUUAAGGACCCCAUGAUAUCGUCCUACACAAGAUACCAAGAUUUUGUUAGAUACACAAAAUAUAUAUAAGGACCCCAUAUUUCUCUUUCAUCAUUCCACCUUCUUGUUUUCUUAUUUACUCUUUUCUGUUCUCUUGGACACAAAGUUAUCCUGAUGGAAACAUCAACGCUGCAAUUGGAGUUUUAUGGCAAUAAUUCAAGAGGACGAAAGGCUUGAAACUUAAGCAAGAUGUCAGUGUUGUUGUCUCGAAUUUUGACUUCAAUACCCACAGUAUUGAUGUAUAUGCUACAAUGGUUUAUUCAUGGAUUGUCCGUUGUGGAAUAUCUCAAGCUCCGGAUGUUGAUACACUAACCGAAUCACGUAAAUUCUUUAUUCGUUGUAUUGGGUGAUGAUGUUUUGGGUCUUGGACCUUGGCUAUGCUUAGGCUCAAAAGUAAUUUGGGUCAUUAAAACGAGCCCGUCUACUGCAAGGAAUAAGGAGUGCAGAAUCGAAUAUUGGGUAUGAAUCCAUAGCUUUGUUAUAAGUGGGGAAAAUGGAACCGAACAUGAGUCACAACGACUGAGGUCCUGUA